AGGAUGGCUAAAGGUGACUCCAAGAAACCAAAGGCCAAGGUGUCUGCUUAUGCCUUCUUUGUGCAGACGUGCAGAGAGGAACAUAAGAAGAAAAACACCAAAGUCCCUGCCAAUUUUGUGGAAGGGUCCAAGAAGUGUUCUGAGUGGUGGAAGACAAUGUCUGGGAAGGAGAAAUCUAAAUUUGAUGAAAUGGCGAAGACGGACAAAGUGCGUUAUGAUCUGGAAAUGAAGGAUGAUGGGCCAGCAAAGGAAGGCAAGAAGAAGGAUCCUACUGCACCAAAAUGGCCACCGUCUGGAUUCUUCCUAUUCUGUUCAGAAUUCUGCCCCAAGAUCAAAUCCACAAACCCUGGCAUCUCUAUUGGAGACGUGGCAAAAAAGCUGAGUGAAAUGUGGAACAACCUGAGUGACAAUGAAAAGCAGCCUUACAGCAAUAAGGCAGUGAAGCUGAAGAAGUAUGAGAAGAAUGUCGCUGACUGUAAGUCUAAAGGGAAGUUUGAUAGUGCAAACGGUCCUGCUAAAGUUGCCCGGAAAAAGGUGGAACAGGAAGAUGAGGAGGAGGGGGAGAUAGAAGGGGAGGGGGCAGAGGACGAAUAA